GCGAGGAUGAAAACUUGGGUCUCCGGGAUUUCGAAAGACGUGUGUGCUUCAAACGACAAAGACAGAUGGCACGACGAAGCAGCAGAGCCGGCGCCAUUCUGAUCACGUCUCAUGCUGUCUUUAUGUUCCAAGACAUACCGCCGCCUCGGAGCUCCUGAACGAACUCAUCCAUGGGUGGCUCCAUGGAGGACUUGGUGAAGAGGUUCCAUGACCUGGAGGUGAGCCAGGCGAACCUGAGGGAUCAGCUGCAGUGGAUGCUUGGGGAAGGAAGUGAAGGUCAUGGCCAUGGGAUGCGACGAAGGGAAGAUGGCGAUGCCGAUGCCGAUGCCGAUCCGUUUCUUCCAGGCAACUUCGCCCACGGUCGCUACCGCAGCGUCCUCCAACACGUCGGCCACGCCCUGCACAUCUUUCGCCCCCACACUGGCGAAAUCAUCUUCUGGAAUCAAUCAGCGGAAAAUCUAUAUGGAUGGUUGGAGGAUGAAGCCCUCGGCAAAAGGGUCGGAGAUUUGCUGAUGAACGAAGAAAAAAUUCCAUACCUGGGAAAGAUCAUGGACCGACUGCACCGAGGCCAGUCAUGGUCGGGUCAGCUUGCCUUCGUGAAGAAGUCAGGCGAGAUGUUCAUGGCGAUGGUGACCAAGAGCCCACUGUACGAAGACGACGAUUUCGUCGGCGUAAUCACCGUCUCAAGCGACGCCGCGUUGCUCGACGAAAACUGCUCGGAGAUGCUGCGUGGAAACCAAGAUCAAGCUCAUGGUCCGGCAAGAACGUGCAAGCGAGUCCGGUGGCGGCGGCCGCCUCCCAUCGCGUCGUCCGUCUCCAAUCUGGCCUCGAAGGUCUUCUCGCGGAACCGCGCGUGCGGUGACAAUGAGCUCGACGAGAGUUGCCAAGUUGGCGAUGAGAGCGGAAAGAAGGAAUUGUAAGUAAGUUGCAAGCUCCAUUUCCUGCCCCUUCUCGAAGGUGUUACGUGCAAGCAGUCAUUACACAGAAUUCGAAUGCUUACAGGCACCGGAAAGAGUUCUAAUAAUGCAUGCGCGGAAGAGGGGCAUUGAGGACAACUCCUAAAAGCUUGCAGAGAUGUGAUGCGCUUCACUCGGUGCAGACAAGUAGUAGUUUUGCGUUGUUCCCUGUUAUCAUCGCCUGUAAACAUGAGCGUCGACGUUGUUGUAUCACUAUAAGCCGGACUUUUUGCUAUC